GACUGGUUUCGCUUGGAUUUUUGUUUGUUUCUGGUCCCCAUGUACUAUAAAUAGAAGAAGAAAAUGGAGGAAAACGAGGUACAGCUGCAAGGUAACACUGCUGAAGGAACUUGUUUUGAAGGUCAUGCAUUUGGUGACUGGGAGUGCUAGCUAACCCUCUUGUGCCCUGUCUAGUAAUAGGUACAGCUCACCAGUCUCCCUAGACAUUGUUCCUAACGAGCUGGAUGUUGCUGGUAAUCAAAAAUUUGGUUGUUAUUACCUGCAGACUCCUCCUAACUUUUUAAAAAAUGCUUUGGGGUAAUAAAGAUGCUGCUGAGGGAGUCAAUGCAUUGGUAUCAAAGGAGUGAUUCCUCCAAAAGGCUUUGAAAAAUGGGAAAGUGGAUAAGGUGUUCUUGUAUUCCGUGCUGACAAAUAGAUGUCAUUCUCUGCAUGAGUAAGUUAUGCUGUGCAUGGGGGGAGAACGGCUGGAUUGGAGUGUGACUUAAAGGCUCCUCCACUGUGAUUGCCAAGGCCUAGGUCCUCAAUAAUUAUCAUUUUACUGCCACCUGGUGCAGCUGGAUUUGUAGUGGGGCUCGUUGCCAUGCUUCUGGGGUUUGGUGGAAAGUGCGUGAGCGGCUCUGUUGGAGUGCAUCAAGGAAUGACAUUCCAGGUCGGUAUUUUACUGGAUUUGGCUAUGCCUCCUGCUGUAGAAAUCACAUUUGUUUCUUAUCUUUUUUUUUUUGAAGUGUUUGUGCUGUAAAUGGGUAGAGACUGGUUUGUUUUUUAGGUUUGUCAUACACUUGAAGCUUCUUGAAGUGUAUACUUCUAAAACUAGCCAAAAAAAAAAGUCAGGAAUAUGCUCAUUGUGGCAACAAGGUUUUAAUAAUCUGUUUUAUUUAGUUUUAUCAGUGUAUCUUUGUAGCAAGCACUGAGUAUGGGGAGGAAAAAAAAAGAAUUUGAAUAAAAUAAUGAGGCUUUUAACAAGUUCUGUUUUCAUGUUUCUGGAAGGCUACUAGAGUUGAUCAGCUUCCAAAAGCUUGAAACUGUUUCUCUCCUGUGUUGCUGGUUGGGGAUCUCUUCCUAGUAUGUAUGUUUAUCAUAUUUUCUCUUCCUAUAUAGUAGAAGCGCGUAACUAAUUUUGAAGCGAGUAGAUAUCAGGUGCUUUACAGAUUGUAACUUUAACAUUUUUUUCAAGUAUACCUGAUUUUAAUCCCUAGUGGUUGUUUGUAAAAUAACACUUUUAACUGAAAUGUUAACAGUUAAUUUAGGAAGAAGGUGUGGUCAUUAUGGUUUUGAUCAUGAGAGAGCACGGGAUUAGUAUUUGAUGUUUGUACUGUCGUAGGCUAUAUUCAGACAAGCGCUUCACACAGAAGAAUUUGUUGCUGUGAGUGCAGUUAACAAAAAUUAGUAAUUUAAUCUGCCUGUUAUGCAAUGGUGUGACCUCACAAGUGUAUCUUUAGAUGUUUUUAUCGGUCUGCUGCUACUUUACAGUUGCAUUGUGCAAUUCCUAUGUGCUUAAAAACAGCAAAAAAUAACCAAGAAAAGAUGAAGUUGAAAUAGUAAAACACAGGCUCUUCCCAUUACUUUAGCACAAAGCGAGCACGUUGCUAAGUGAAAGCUGAAGAACAGAUAUCUCGGAUCUGGUCAGAUAGCAGCACGGUUUUCUUUUUACACAGGAAGAACUGACAGGCACACUGAGCUCGAUCCUGCAUUUCUCUUCUUUUUCACUGAUUUCAUUGGGCAUUUUUGGAUGUAAAAGCUGAGUAUGCAGUCCUCAGCAAGUCUGCAGGUCAUGUAAAACAGAAGGAAAAGACUGGACCAUUAAAAUGUCUUGCGACGAACUGUGCGAGAAAGUCACUGAGUUGGUGUUUCAGGAGAAGCAAUUAGCAUUUAAGUAAGGAAAUCCAAGUGUGUGAUGGGUGUGGUGCUGAGAUUUGUAAAGGAGAAUUGAUGAACUGAUUUCAUCAGCAGUUAAGAAAGUUUUGUUGUUUCAGAUACAAUAGCAAGUGCUGAAAAACAUAAACUUUGAGCUAGUUUUGUUCAUCUUUGUAAAUAACUUCUGAAACUUAACAGCUGCUUCAUCUUAAGCUCACAGAAGAGUUACUCUGCGAGUGGAUUGACAAAUGACACAAAUCACAAGCCAGCUAUCUAAAUCAAACGAGCAAGAAAUCUGCAUUUUUUGGAUGGAUGACUCAUUUCAAUCUAUUUCCAGAAAAGAUGAACUCUCAUUGGUGACGAAGCACCGGAGGAUGUGCAGGUUUGUAGGAAACGUGCACGAGCAGCAUGGUAUCGAAAGCUACGUGCCCCGCCAAGGCUUCCUGCCCCAAGCUGCCGCUCAGCCUGCGCCGGGUUUCCUGCUGAUUGCAUCCUUCUCCAGCUGCUCUGGGCCAGUUCGGCGGCCUCGCAGCCGCAGGGAGAAUGAGCUUUCCCCUUUUGGGGGAGGAAAGCCGUGAGACUGGCCUGGCCACGAGUGGAGAUAUGAGAAAUGAGUGUUGGACGCAGAAGAUUAAAGCUGCUGGGAAUUCUGAUGAUGGUAAACAUUUUUAUCUAUGUGAUUGUGGAAGUCUCCAAAAGUGGCAGCCAAGAGAAGAAUGCAAAAGGCCGCGUUAUUAUACCACGCAGCAAAUUCUGGAGGAAAUACACUCCUCACAAAGCUUAUUGGAACAAGCAGCAACAGAAGCUCGAACUGCUGUACAACCCGAUUCUGACUUUGCUUUCCAAUAUGACUGUGGAAGAGAACUUAAUUUCUAACGCGAGUGUUCUCAGUUCCUGUGACCCUGACCCAUGGGUGACUUCAGAGGUUAGUGACUUUGCAAACUUGCCAGAAAGAUUCAAAGACUUCCUGCUUUAUUUGAGAUGUAGAAAUUACUCAUUACUAAUGGAUCAGCCAAACAAGUGCAAACAUAAACCUUUCCUGCUGCUGGCUAUUAAGUCACUUAUACCACACUUUGAUAGAAGGCAAGCAAUUAGGGAAUCCUGGGGGAAGGAAAUAGAAUCAGGAGAUAUAACAGUCAGAAGGGUCUUCCUCCUUGGGCAGACCCCACCAGAGGAUAAUUUUCCUGACCUUUCAGACAUGAUAAAAUUUGAGAGUGAAACCCACCAAGACAUUCUGCUCUGGAACUACAGAGACACUUUCUUCAAUUUAACUCUGAAAGAGGUGCUGUUUCUCAAGUGGGUCAGCAGCAGUUGCGCAGAUGUCCAGUUUAUUUUUAAGGGCGAUGACGAUGUCUUUGUGAAUACCCAUCAGAUCCUGGAUUACUUGAAGAGCUUAUCAAAGGACAAAGCCAAAGACUUAUUCAUAGGUGAUGUGAUCAAAGAUGCUGGACCUCACAGGGAAAAGAAAUUGAAGUACUACAUCCCAGAAAGUGUUUAUGAAGGUUCGUAUCCUCCGUACGCAGGAGGCGGUGGGUUCCUGUACUCUGGUGAUCUGGCAUUAAGACUGAAUAAUGCGUCCGACCAGGUACUCCUGUAUCCUAUUGAUGACGUUUAUACUGGAAUGUGCCUUCAGAAGCUUGGGCUGGCUCCGGAAAAACACAAAGGUUUCAAAACAUUCGACAUUGAAGAGAAAUACAGAAAUAACAUAUGUUCCUACACAAACUUAAUGUUAGUGCAUAGUAGAAAACCUCAAGAAAUGAUUAAGAUUUGGACACGCUUGCAAGAUCCACACUUAAAUUGCUAAAGUAAUGUGCAUAAGUGUCUUAAAUACACAUAACUUUCCAGGUUUGGGUCUGACUUUCUUGGUGAACCAUUGAAGCUCUGUUUAAUAGUUCUUUUCAAAUUUUCUCUGGAAAUUUCUUCCUGUACUUUUGAAAGUGACAAUAAUACUAAAAUUGGAGGGGAUGGCACCAAGACUUGGUCCUGAUUUUUCCACUGUACUGGUGGUCAUUAUGUCUCAGUAUCUAUCUAAAUUUUAAAAAGGACUUGAAGGAUGUGGCUUGCUGCCAGUGAUUGGUUACCUGUAUUGGAAGCAGUGAUUGCAUACUACGGAGCAUCUUUCAUUAAUUGUGAUGGUGGAAGAUAUUUUUUUUUCCUUGAGUAGUGUUGGUGUGGGGCUGUGUGGAAACCACUGUAAAUGAACGACUCACAAAUUGGGGGAAUGUAGUUUUGCUUUAAGUAUGAAACACGAGACUUGAUUUUUUAACUUAGUUUCCAGUCUUUAUGCACCCCAAGCAGUAUUUUCUCCUUUUGUGCAAAGUGUGCCUGUGUCUGAAGGAUUUACUCUUUUAUUAGAUAAUGUGUUUUUGGUGUUUUGUCUUUUUUAACAUGAAAAGAGCGUAAUGUGGUUCCAAGCACCCCGUAAAAGAGCUGAACAUACAAGGGAAAGGCAGAGCAGGUUUUGUUUGGGGCUGGGCAGUAGGUACAAAUUCUGCUGCUGCCCACCCUGAGCUGUAUACGUAAGGUAAAGCUGACUUGUAACUCAUGGUAUUUAUGUGAAAAGCUACUCUGGUCAGUCCUUGAUUUCUGUUUUGGCACUAAAAGUGAUCAGGUAGCUGAUUUGAUAAAAAUGACUGAAAUUGCACAUUGCUUGUGAGAGCACAGUUUGGAUCUCCUGUAAAGCAGUAGCGAGUCUAGGAUUGCGGUUCCUGAGAGGUUUGGAUUUUGAAACAAACUUUGAAGUUGCAUGAUGUCUCAUCUAGAGUUAAACAUGUUCUCAAAGUUCAGAUUUUCUUCUGUAUUUCCACAUCUUGCUUGUAAGAGCUAUUCUAAAUAGUGAUUGCUUCCUUUGUAUAUGUAGAAGUGCCUGUCUAUUUAUUGUUCAGAUUGAAGACCAAAACAUUUUCUUAAAUAUAUUUUGUGUAACAUUUUAUUUGUAUAGUGUUGUCACUCAGAUAUUUAAAUAGAGCAUGAUAUUUUAAACCUGUGAGAUGUGUAACGUUAAAUAAAGCGAAUUGUUAUUUUUGAAUUUGAAAAAUAAAAUGUGAUU